CCGGCGGCGGAGCGCCGAGCCCGGCGGUGUUUCUCUCUCCUGCCCUGCUUUCCUCAGGCGGCCGGCUGGAGACACAGCCCCGGCGGCUCCCCCGGUGAGUUGCGCUGGCGGCCUCCACCGCCCCCCUCAGCCUGCUCCUUGAACACCCGGUGGGGGCGGUCGGGCGGGGAUCCUACGCGCCGAGGGAUCCCGGCGGACCGCGUAUUCUAGUUGCAUCACCUUUGUGCAUCAAUGAAAAGUCCAAGCAUGGCCUUGUUCAAGGAACAGAAGGUGGAGGAUGUUUAUGAAAUUGGGGAAGAGCUAGGAAGUGGCCAGUUUGCUAUAGUGAAGAAAUGUCGUGAGAAAAGCACUGGUAUGGAGUAUGCUGCUAAGUUCAUUAAAAAACGUCAGAGCCGAGCGAGCCGGCGUGGAGUGAGACGGGAGGAAAUUGAACGGGAGGUUACUAUUCUGCAGCAGAUCCUACAUGCCAACAUCAUCAAGUUGCAUGACAUCUAUGAGAACAAGACUGAUGUGGUCCUCAUCCUUGAGCUGGUUUCUGGAGGAGAACUUUUUGAUUUCCUUGCACAGAAGGAGUCCUUGAGUGAAGAGGAAGCAACCAGAUUCAUUAAGCAGAUUUUGGAUGGUGUGAAUUACCUUCACUCUAAGAAGAUUGCUCACUUUGAUUUAAAGCCUGAAAACAUUAUGCUUCUAGACAAGAAUAUUCCUAUUCCACACAUCAAACUCAUUGACUUUGGCUUGGCUCACAAGAUAGAAGACGGAGUUGAAUUUAAAAACAUUUUUGGCACUCCAGAAUUUGUGGCUCCAGAAAUAGUAAACUAUGAACCUCUUGGAUUAGCUGCAGAUAUGUGGAGCAUAGGAGUCAUCACCUACAUACUGCUUAGUGGUGCAUCGCCUUUCCUUGGAGAAACUAAACAAGAAACACUUGCCAACAUCACAGCUGUGAAUUAUGAAUUUGAUGAAGAAUUUUUCAGCAAUACCAGUGAUCUGGCCAAAGAUUUUAUUCGGAAGCUCCUGGUGAAAGAUACACGGAAAAGGCUGACAAUUCAGGAAGCGCUCUGCCAUCCAUGGAUAACGCCAGUGGACAAGCAACAGGCUUUGGUUCGGCAGUCGUCUGUUGUUAACAUGGAGAACUUCAGAAGGCAGUAUGCUAGAAGGCGAUGGAAGCUUUCCUACCGUAUUGUCUCGUUGUGCAACCAGUUGUCUCGUUCGCUGGUGAAAAAGGUCCUAAUUCAAGAUGAAAGUUUGAGAAACUGUGAAAGCGAGAGUGAAGACUUUCCACAAAGAAAAGCCACUCAUCAGAGGAGAAGCAGCAUAUCAUGACAUAACGAGAAUUCCAUGGGCAGCAAAGUUUCCUUACUAUGAAAAGCAAUCCUGACAGCAGACCUUGACUUCUUGUCUGAAUCCUUGGUAUGAUGCUUCUCACUUCUCAGACUAUGCCAAGAGCUGCACAAUGUUAUUUAAUGCCUACUGAGCAUUUUGUAGACUUGGAGAUCCAGAUUCCCAGGGAAAUGCCACAGCAGAAGCACUGAUUGGAGUGUUUAUAUAUUGAGCAUCUCAGUGAUACUCUAAUCUAUUUGUGAAAUAACUGCAGUCAGGACACAGAGUUUCUACUGAUACUCUUUUAAUGCAGAGCAAUUCACAUUCCACACAAUUACUAAGACUGUGCAUUAUUAUUCCAAUUAGGGAAAUAGGUAUUGAGUCUUAAGGAAUUGUUUAAAAUAUUUUUUUAAUUUAUUAAUAGCAUAAAUACAGAUAAAUGACAGAGUUGGUUAGAUGUGUGCAGUACUCUGUAAUUGCUGUUAUUGAGAAAAAAAAUCAUAGUGCCAUUACUUGUCAUACCCUUGAUUUUGUGAACCUAGCAGAAAACAGUUUCUGUACUGCAGUAAGAAUUGUGCUCUGGUCACCUUCACUGGCUGAAGACUACUAAAACUGGCAUUGCCAAUUUGACUGCAACUGAUUCCAGCCACAAAGAGAUGAAAUAGGCCAGGACAAAUUUUGGAUGAAAAAGAGAAAAAUAUCAGUAGUGACUUGAGGCACCCAGAUACACUGUUUUUACAGAGUGGUGGCAGGAUACUUCACCAAAACAAAGGACUGAAAAACAGGACACUUAGAAUAUGAAGAAGUAGUCUUUUUUAGACUUUGUUGUUGCCAAAUUGGAGAAUCAUUAACACCAAUUUGUGUAGGUGCUGUUUACAAGGAACCCAAACUGCAAACAUCUAUGUUUUAUUCAGGGAGCUGUAUCCAGGACUGAGAAAGUAAGCACUUUGAUAUUGAUGUAACAGCUUUGUGCUAGUAAGUUACAUCAUUUUACCUGUGUUAGGUUGUAAGCUAGUACUGUUCAGUUGGUACCAAAAUGUGUAUGGACUGAGUUAUUUUUCCAUGUCAUAUAUUAGCUGCUACAAGUCCGUUUUUAUCUUGCCAUUUAACAAGUUUUAAAUACUUAUUUAAAGCAAACCUACUAGAAACACAUUUAAUGAGGAAAGUGGGUUUGUUUGGCUUUAUGGUUGUCACUUUUAGGCUGGGGGUUUACAGCUGAAGAUGUGAACUGGUGUUGAAAACUAGUAUCAGGUUAAUUCUGCCUAGUUUUUGGUUUCUAACAAAUAAAUAAAACUCCACUGCUUGUCUUUGUAGCUUUGUAUCCUGGCUUAGGCAGAGAGUAAAAUGCAGUUGAUGAGAAAGUAUUGCUACCAAAGGAAGGAAAUGUAUGAGAACCACUGGAAGAGAGAGGGGUGAAAGUAGGAUUUGAGGGAAGAAACAUAAAAUAAGGGAGAUGAGUGUGUGUGUGGGGGAGUGCAAUGGAGAGAAAUUAGUAUGAGGGCAUGUUGGGAGCAGAGGACUGGGAAGGUUGAAGGAGGGGAGAGAAUGUAGGUAUCAGGAGAGGGAAUAUUUCAGCAAACAUGGCACUGCAUUCUGAUAGUGUUUAUUUAAUUUCCUCUAAUAUAGCAUGUGAUGUGUGCCUGCUCAAAGGGUAAGGAGCAGGGCACAGUGUUCUCUUCAUAUUCAAUUAAAAUGUGUAUUUUCUGAGCUUUUUGUGCCAUUUUUGAGGCAGAAUCCUCAAAAAGUGCCCUAAUAAUGUAUAUAUUGUGAAGAAGCAAUAAUAGGAAAAAUGAUAGUUUCAGUGUCUGGAAGGACUCUUUCAUAAAUAGAAUACUAAUAGUAUAUUUUUGGAUAAAACAUUGCCCAGCUUACCAACCAAAUUUUGCUUCCUGCUUUCUCCAUCCUGGAUGUUACCAUUAAUUCAUUCCCUGGGCUAUGGAAAUCCAAAUAAACUGAGCCAGUCCAAUUCCUCUGAAUUCCUGGAGUUUCAAAACACAUCCAGCUUCCACAAUGAAGAUUGCAGGUUGUGUGCAUAAGCUGCAGUUGUGAAAAGUAAGCCCUGGUUAAAAUAGCUGUUGGGUCGUUGGAUCAAAAUUGUGCUCUCGUUCUUCUUAUGUAACAUCCUAGCAACUAUUGAGCAAGACAGGAUGCAGCAGAAGGGCAGUCAGAUGAUGCAAGGUAGUGUGAAGCCACAAGCUCCAGCUCUACAUAAAUGAAAGGUGUAAGGUUGUGUUGUAUCAAAGACAUUACAGACAGCUCAUGUUGUUUGCACUUCAGUCCCUUUUCUGCCCAGGCCAGCUCAGGACAGCAGCGCUGCCCAGUGAUGUGGCAUCUGUUGCACACAAACCACAACAAGCAGCACUGUGUCAAGCCAAACCAUUCCCUGGCUGCCCCGGUUAGGAGGAUGCUGUAGUGUAUAAGCUCUUCAUCUUGGGGCUAUAAUUUGUGAUUUAUUUGGAAGUUUGACAGUGUUUUCCCAAAGGCAAGGCUCUCUGCAUUUAGCACUCUUUUCCAUGGAGGGGCAAAUGGUCUCAAACUGUUUACAGCCCAGGAGGACACCUUCCUCAGCGCAGGGGUUAGUUUCGGUCUUUACCGUUGGUGCGUUUUGAGAAACAGCCUGGAGGUUCCUUUCACUGGGGAAAAAAAAACCCGCCUGGAAAAGAGAGGUGGGUGCGGCAGAGGAGACACAGUACCCUUCAAUAAACAACACUUGUUACUGCGGUGGGGGAGACAAAAAACCCAAUCUCUGUUUGCUAUUAUUGAAGAAGAUAAAUGAAGUGGUAGUCUGAAAAAACAAACCCUAGGGCUUGCUAUUUAAAUACAUCUAUUUUUAUUGCUACUUUCUGAGUGAAGUUUUUUAACACGUGCCUAUAUCUUUAUGAUGAGGAAUACUUAUUUUGAUGUGUCUGGAACUAGUUCGGGCUGUCGAAAGUAACAAGUAUUAGUUGCUGCGAUUCGCAAAUAAAAAUUUGCAAAGCUGGA